CAGGACGGUGACCCGCGCCCACUCCGGGGGCUGCCCCACCGUACGGGGCGCCUGGGACUACUGCCCUACCGAGGGAUACCCCUGCCUGCACCGAGCAGCCCUGGGGCACCAGUGCCACCUCGUCUGGCCAGGUGACAGGCAGCAGUGGUGAGACCCUGCUCUGCCGGAGCCCCCACGGACCUCUCCGCAAGCAGGAGCACGCUGGAGCUCGCUUCACCCACCUCCUCAGCAUGCGGACGCCGACAGCCAUGAUCGUGGGGCUGGUGCUGUGCCCCUGCGGACUCCUGCUGACACUCACGGGCACGCUGGCACCCAACUGGAGGCAGGUGAGCCUCAUACCUGACCAGCCCCUUGACUUCAUCUUGGAGCAGGGCAUCUGGGACAUGUGCAGAGAGCUGCAGAGCAGUCAUGAUCGCCGCUGUGGGCAGGCUGAUGAGCUGGGCUACUUUGAGCAGAUACCCGUGCGGGUGGCCCAAGGGCUGAUGCCCACCUCACUGGUGGUCACCCUCCUGGGCUUGGUGGUGGCUGCCCUGGGGGUUCGCUGCUGGCAGAAGGAGCCACGGCACCUGCUGGCUGGCGUGUCAGGGCUGGUGUUGCUCCUCUCAGGGCUGCUGAGCCUUGUGCCUACCUCCUGGUACACCCAUGAGCUGUGGGCACUGCCCGCAACAGCUGGUAGCAAGCUGGUUGUAGGCUACAGCUUGGUGCUGAGCUACUUGGGAAGCUGCCUGGAGAUCUUGGGAGGGCUAGCCCUCGCCCUCAGCUUCCACCACUGCUGCAAGGAACGCAGGGCCCCCAAACUGCCCCCCAGCCCUGUGCUGGAGGCUGGGCCGUGCUCCACCACUGGGGCUUACCACAGUCCCUGGGACGUGCUGGCAGAUGAACGAGAUGGACGACACUGGAGGAGCACCCUGCCUUGUGACUCCGACUUGUAGCCCCAGCACAGGGACAGCAGCGGCCACCGACCAGCCCGCCUGCCUGGCGCUGAGAGCAGUGCUGGCUCCUGCCCCUCCAUGCCAUGCCCUUCUCUUGGGGCACCUCAGAGCAGGCUGGAUGCAAGACCAAGGACCUGGUUUGAAUCUCCACAACCUCCUCAAAAGCCUGCCAUGCUCCAGGUCCCACAACCGUGCCAAAGCCAUGCUGGGUUGAGGACCAGCCCAGGCUCCAGUCCUUCCAUGCAGCCUUUAGCUCAUCCUCCUGAUGAUGCAGCAGCUUGGGCAAAGGAAGCUCCAAUGUUCCCACAUGAGCAAGGUACAGGUUAUCACCAUGUAACCUUCAGGGCUGGGAAUAGGGGAGGGGAGCACCUCCCAUAUGUCUCUGCUCAACUCAGGACUGUGCAAACAACAAAAUAAAUG